AUUGCAUUACAAGCAACUCAGUUGCUGCUCAGCUCACUCUGGAGAGAGAAGCGAGAGGAUCCAGGACAGGAAUGAGAUGGAGAGACUUAUGUUGAGCCGCAAACGUCCACUUCUUGAAGUUGAGACCAACAUGGCUGCGCUUCACCGCCGUGCUAAGAUGAGCAACAGUCAGGUCCGGACAGGUGAAGUGGCUGGAGAGUCCAAACCCAUGACUGACAGUCAACGGCUCUGUCAACAGAUUUCCUCCUGGGCCGAUCCGAAAUUCUCCCUCAAAAGAGUUGUGGAGCACCUCAAGUUCAAACACGCCUCUGAAGUCAUCGACCUUGAUCAGUCAAUCAACAACAAGUAUUUAGAGUUUCACCGAGACAUCUCUGAGGAGUGCAGCCCUGAGGAAAAGCAGCAUUCGUGGGCUGUUCUGGAGAAACCAGAGGAGGUGGUGAUGCAUGGACCUUAUUAUCCAGACUAUGCAGAGGAUGUACACAGCGAGGAGAUAGUCGUCCAGAAGACUCAGGAGCUCCUGCAGUCGGAGCUUGUCUCGGACGAUUGGAAAGUCUACAUUUUUACGGUGAACAGUCCGUGUUUGAUGAGGAACACUGAGCCGUGUAUGUUGAACAUGGUGGAGAUGUCUCAGGCGUGGUGGAGGGAGUUUGGUGUCAAGACUUUCAUUGGUUUUAAAAGAUGUUGGGGCUUCAAAGGAACCAAAGAAAACCUCUUCCAGGAUCUGAGCUAUGGACAGGUGGAUUGCGUUGACCAUGCUGGAGAUUACACUAGCUACCUUGAACUUGCUAAGAAAACCAAUCUGACACCGAUUUGCGAGAGUAUUUAUGCUGUUGUCAAGAACUUUUUGAGACCCGGGAAUGUCAUUUUCACCAUAACAAAGGAGCAGGACUUGAAGCCACAUUUUAAACGUAUGAGCAGUGUGUACGAGUUAGAAACAGAAAUGAAGAAGGAAGUCUUUAAACAGGAAAUGAAGCAGUUCAAUGAAGCUGCUCAGCUUCUGCUGACUGAGAGAGGAGGAAGUUUUGAGGACCACUUACAGAGAGGACGGUCAUUUCCGCUGCAACAGCAUUUCAGAAAGGCGUCCUCCAACUCAAGCCAGGAGCAGGUUCAACGCUUGUUUCAGGAGUGUUGGAGGCAGCUGGUGCAGGACAAGUAUGCAGAGCUUGUCAGGGAGAAGCUGACUGAGGACUUGAACCGACGCACUGUUCAACUGUUUGCUGAGGACAUCGCUGAGUUAACAAAGGAGUAUUUGCAAAUUGGGAGAAUCCAGUUUUCAUGAAUCUAUAGUCACGAACUCGGCAGACACCUGAGGGCAGCCUGUUAGCGUAGCUCACGUUUUCACCACCACCACAGGACAGCAAACGCCAAGAAGCUGCUCAUGCUAGCAAUAGCGCCAUGCUAACUAAUGGAUAAAAGAACAAAGGAAAUUGUGCUGUUUAAAUUAGCGAAGCUACUGUGACUCUCUGCACGUCUUAGCUUGUCCAGCUUAAGACGUCUCCCUGAACAUUGGAAUGUCCCUAGCUUUAAAAACACAACACACGUACCAACUAUGUUACAAACCUUUGUCUUUAAUGUCUUCGUCUCCGGGGCCCCCAGAGGAUUAAAUACACAGAAUCUAUACAUCUUUUUUUUUUCAUUCACAGCAGUGUAGCACAAUAAAUGUAUAAGGAAUUAUACUGGAGACAAUAUUUAUCACAUCUACAACCAUAAAUGUAGCAUUUAAAAUGAACACACAUUGGUCAAUAUGGUGGUCACAGAAGUAAGCACAUUGGUGCUGUCGUCACUGGGCGGAAUAAGAUAUUUUAAAAUUGUUUUUUGGCACUUCAUUUGAUGAGUUGCAUUUUGUGGUGUUGUUGGGCUUUGUUUUUCUUGUUUCAUGUACAUGUUUUUUCUUACAUCCUUGUGAAGAAAUUGUUUAUUCACCAGCAGUUGAGUGGAACUCCGCCUCCAAAAAGCUUGUGUGUGAUACACAUCUAAGCAGCCUCAAACCACCCAGUCUACCUCUCGCCUCAGUUUAACUUGAGUUCUUGUGAUUUGAAUCAUUAAAAUGCAUGAACUUGUUGACAGAAUUGAGCAUCCAAGUAAAUGAGAGUCAGGCUUUCAGUGAUGCCUUUAAAUACACCAUUUUCCUUUUUAAUAUGUAAAGGUGAACAAAACCGUUACGCUCCUCUUGUCACUUUGGGUCUACACAUUGAUGAUAACAUACAUUUGUCAUGCAUCUCUUCAGGACUGUGUUUCUUCUGGGGCAGGCAAACUGGACAAAAGUUCUUUUUAUUCACCUGUCACCUGCAGCAACUGCAGAAAUCUUUGGCCAAGUUCGGAUCUCAAGGUUUCUCCUGUACAGUAUCGUCUUCUCCUAGGACGUGAGCACCAGGGACUCCUGAGACGUGACUUCACCUCCUCUUAGAGAGUCUCUCUUUAUAUUGCAUUUAUUCUGCAGGCAGCUUGUUAGGUGGGUGCUGCUGGGUCCUCUAAGCCAAGAUAAGGUUGCUCCAGGGCUCGUUUUUGGAGCCAGAGGAUCCACUGUGACCUCCAGAUGGCAUCUUGAGAGGAAUGGCGCCCCCUGUAGUUGACAUGUAGGCUGGCAGGGCAGAAAUCUGAAAGUAAACAGACAAGAAAUGCAGUGAUUAAAAACAUUUUUUUAUAUUAUUUUGAAGGAAUAGGGUUACAAAAAAAGGAAGUGUUGUGAUUGUACAAGGCAGGCCACAUUUUGGGGGAGCAGCACGAAGACAUAAAUAAAGUAUCUAUAUCAUGGAGAGCUUUUCUAUUGACAAAGUGACAAUUAAAACUAGUUUUGGCUCGACAGAGAAGACCCUGAUACCCUGAAAAUUGAUCCACAUUUUUUG